GGUUCACCUUCAGGUGUUACAACAAUGCAGGCAACCUUGGAUGACAAGACGAGACAGGAAAUUAAAGCCUGUAUGGAUCUCCUUGAUAAAAAAACAGAUGAGACUGAUCAAGAUUUACGUCAUAUGCAGCUAAAACAGGAGAAAUUUGUGAUAGACUACCAAAACCAAGAUAAAAUUUCAGCAAACCUUGCACACAUUCAGCAACAGCCACAGAGUGCAAAUCGUACAGAACUAGAGACAAAGUUUAAACAAGAAAAAGAAGAAAUGGACAGGCAGCUACUGUCUGCUGCUCAACAAAUUCUACAACAAAGACUGUCAUUAGCAAGCAAACAUAACGACACAUUGGGAAUGCUGGAUAAGUUAACAAAGCGUGUUGUUGAUGAUGAAUUGAUUGCCUGGAGACAGAAACAAAAGUUGGCACUGAAUGGAGCACCAUUUGAUACUUCAAUGAUUGAUGUGCUUCAGAAAUGGUGUGAAGUGUUAGCAGACCUUAUUUGGCGAAACAGAAUGCAGAUAAUUAAAGUAGAUUUAUUACGACAGCAAUUACCAAUAGACAUUCCUCAAGGUCAAACCGACCUUCAACCAGAUCUUAACCGUAUCGUAACCGGUCUACUCUCCAGCCUUGUUACCAGUACAUUCAUAGUAGAACAGCAGCCUCCUCAAGUUUUGAAGAAAGACUCAAGGUUUACAGCAACUGUACGACUGUUGGUAGGUGGGAAACUCAAUCUUCAACUCACUCCACCGAGAGUUACAGCUACAAUUAUCAGUGAGCAGCAAGCAAGAACAUUCUUACAGAAUGAGGACAGGAGGCAGCAUCAGAAAUGUGGAGAUAUUUUAAAUAAUGAAGGUCCCAUGGACUAUCAUCAGCAUUCAGGACAACUGAGUAUCACAUUUAGAAAUAUGUCAUUGAAGAAUAUCAAGCGUGCAGAUAGAAGAGGGGCGGAGGUACAUACAGUAGCAGAGGAGAAAUUUUGUAUCUAUUUCUCAUCGGACUUUAAUGUUGGUGGUAACGAGUUAAAGUUUCAGGUCUGGACUCUGUCAUUGCCAGUAGUGGUCACUGUACAUGGUAACCAGGAAUGCCAGGCUACAGCAACUUAUCUCUGGGACAACCAGUUCUCGGAACCGGGAAGAAUACCCUUUCAAGUGCCGGACAAAGUUCCUUGGUCAGAGGUAGCUAAAAUGCUGUCUACAAAGUUCUGCGCAAUGACUGGACGAGGUCUUAGUGACAUUAAUCUUAAAUACCUGGGCAAUAAAUUGUUUGGUAUGAGUGGAACUGUAGACUUUAGCAGCGCUGUUGUCUCCUGGACUCAGUUUAACAAGGUAAAUAAAUAUUAGCAGGAUUUUAAUAAUUGAACAAAGAG